AUCUGUGAAUAAAAGUAUACGUUUUUGUCAAUGUACCAUGGUAAUAACAGAAGCGAAACGCAAUAUUCUGUCAGGACAAUUCACUAUUUAUGCACAAUAAACAAAGGAGCAUAGCGCGACAAUUUCUGUUCAGCGCCAGACUUGCUUGUAACCUAUAUUACCAAUUAUGUUAAGAAAAAUGACGUAAUAACUACAACAAAAGACUAAUCCGAUAACAACUGAUCUCUUUACCCGUCGGCUUCCCGUGGCUGUCAUGCGACCGGCUAUUGCAGUUAAUAAUACAACAGCUUCUUGCCAUUUUUUGUGUUUCUUUUUAUCGCUGUGUAACUGAUUUAAAUUGAAAGCCUGUGUGCGCUAGUACCUCUUGCCAUGAGUUCCCAGGAUCCUUUGCGGUUUUACCCCUGAAUGACAUCACAUUUUCAAUCUCUAUUGGAAAAAUACAACUGAUGGCGUUUCACAAGUCCAUAGGAACACAAGUACAAAUAUUGAAAAACAGCCAGUGUUUGUGAAUAAUGAUGAAAUGAAAUGUUCAUGAACUGAUCUCAAGUCUGCUGCAUCACUGCAACAUCAACUCACAUUUAAGGUCAAAAGCCAAACCAGGAUUCAGUUUCAUCUGUUCUAAACGAUGAGCACAGACAGAUUUAUAUCAAACUUUAUUCAGUCUGUGAUGAUAACAGUUGAUUUCAGUCAGUACUGAUGCGUGUCCUCUGAAUUUAAACUGAGCCUCUGACGUAUGUUUACCUGUUGCCGUGUUGAAUUACAGUAUCAGAGCUACAUUGAUGAUUGCUUCUUAUCAUUAAUAUACUCAGAGCUGAUUGGUCCAGCUCUGAGUAUAGCUGUUGUUUCUAGAUGUGCUGUGAUGGAUGGAGGACAGACACAGCUGCAAGAUCUCUCCUAAUACGUCAAGAUACGACCUAAUAGCUUCCCAAAAAUGAAGCAUCUCUCUAUCGCCCCCUAGUGUCUGGCUGCAGUAUAGGUCAUAAAUCCUGCCUCCUCCAUGUUAGUGGAUGGGAAUGGGGUCAGACUAAAAUUAAAAAAGAAAUCUCCUCAAAUAAACUUUUUCCAAAAAUGCUUUCUUCCACUAUCAGUAGUUUUCAUGACUCUGAUUUGUUUUUUAGGGGUCUCCUUACUCAUAAGUUUGAUUGUAAUUACUACCAUAAUGCUGUUAAAUUGGGGUGGAACUUUAUCAUAACAGCUUUGACUGGCAGCUGCAGUAGCGGAGAAACUUAUGUAUCUCUUUCGGGAAAGGCAGAUAGAUCUGAGAGGAGGGCCAGUGUUUACGUUACAAAACUGCACCGACUGUUUCAAACUGACAGCCUGAGGUGUUCUUCAGUAAACUGGACUACCCGACAGAAGGACCCGAGGCCCCGCUGCACUUUUUCGGCAGCAGCUCAAACACUGCUGAUAACACGUCCGUAUGUUGGUGACCACGAUGCAACAGCAGACUGAACCAGGACUGAAACCUGCUCCAUCAUCUCAUCUUAGCAAAUCUCCACUUAAAAAGCACCAGCGACUCAAAGGAGCUGCCCUCAGAUUCAGACCUCAGCACCACCCAGUGACAGCAGACAGAUCACCCUAUAUCUUCACUCUUUGUAGUAACUGCAAAAUUAACUGAUGAAAACAGUACAAAGGUUAAGGUACCACAUGUGCUGUCAGUGAAAGCUGCUGCUGUUUUAUUGAUAAAGUUAAAGACAAAAAGACAAAAGGAUUAAUCACCCAUGUAACUGUGUCACUAUACAUCAGCAUUAACAGGACCUCAGUUUGGUGUUUCAGGGAGCUGCUGAUCUCAGACCUGCACAGUUUCUGUUUUAAACACUUGAUGUACUCAGCUGCAUGAAGAGCAUAUGAGAUUUUCUCUGACACAAUUAAAUAAAACCUGAUGAAGGUCAAAGGUCGUCACUUGUAUGUUGAGCUAAAAACUUUCCAAUGGUGUGUUAUUUAUCAUAAAGUAAUCCGGAGUCAUUCAUACAAGAUUAACCAGAGAGGAUAAUUUAUUUUUAAAUAUAUAACUUUCUACAGGACUGAAUAUAACAUCUUUGUGUAAAAGUCUGGAGCCUCUGGGGAGUAUUUGAAUACUUCUAACAUUAGACAAAGCAAGUCUCCAUCACAGUGUUCAUGAAAUGCUGGGUUUAUCCAUCUUCUGUGGCGGGCCUAUGGUGGAGCUCUGACGAUUUCCCUGUGAGGGAGCUGCUGGUGAAGAUCAUGAGUCCUCCUUGAUCCCUGCGAUAAGCUUUAGUGUUCCUGGUAUUUCUUAAAUGAUGCCUCUCUCAGUGGGUCAACAGAACUUAUGGCACAGGACAGCUGUGAUGAAAGAAUAGGAAGAAGUUUCUCCAAACCUCUGGACCCAGGAAACCCAGCUUGGUCCUGAUGGUCUCCUUUACUAGUUUCUCCCCAGGGUGAAUGUAGCUGUUGAUGAUAAUAAGCCAUGAAGUACACACCCGACCCAUCCUUAAAAUUUGGGGAAAUGAAGGACGCAUUUGUCGGCUGCAUUUGGAGGAGUCUUCGAAUUGGGACAGCCUUCGUCGCGUUGCUGUGAUGUAAUUGGCCUACAAAUGCAGCCUUCGAAGGUUGCAGCCCCUGAAUUGAGACACAGCCUCUGGCUCCAAAAGUGCAACAUGGCAGCUCCCACAACUGGGAAAUUUUGGCUUCAUUUUUCUACAAUGGGAGGAAGUGCAGCCAUGUUGUCUAUCUUUUAUAUUUUCAUUUUUCAGGACAAUGACAUCAUUACAAAGUUUUGAUCUGUGUCACAUGAAACAUAAUUUCUGCUUGUAUUCAUUAGUCUCUCUCUGGCAGUUUUCACCAUGCUCUCUCGACCGCUUACACUAAUCGAGAGUGACGGCAGGGGCCAAAACCUAGUGGUGAUGUCUCCGCCCCAUGUUCUCCCAUUGGUUGAUGAGGAUGAGGACACACAAUCAGCUCCUACUCCUCCUUCAGUUCCAGUAGCCACUCAUCCUCCUCUUCGUCCUUCAACCAUGUCUCUUCCGUCUUCAUCUCCUCCUUGUUCAGCUCCUCCUUUUCUACAUUUAGCUAGCCCCCUUCCUCCUUCAACUCCUCCGCUUCCUCCUCCAGCUUCUUCUUUAUCUACUUUAGCUCCUCUCCCUCCUCCUCCCUGUUGCCCCUGCGCCGCUCUCCUGCCUCGACUCCUCUCAAGCCACCGGAUGGAGGUACGACGCCUCCUGCGAGGAGCUCUAGCAUCUCUUGGCCGUCGUCUGAAUUCUCUGGAAAGGAGGAGCAGAAGGACGCAGAGGAAGAAGAAGAACAGCCAGAAACAAAAAGAAGAAGGAGCAUCAUGUUCGACUGGGCCAUCUGUCUUUGCGUCCAGCUCCACUUCCUCUUUUUCCUGUAGUACCCCGCCUCUGCCACUUGUAACCAUAUCCUCUUCAUCAUCAGUAUCAUCAUCCGAUAGUGAGGAGUCGUCCUCGUCUCCUUUUUCUUCCAGUUCCAUUCAAUCACAAAAGAGAAGGAGGAGGAGAGGAGAAGAAGAGACAGUGAGCAGGAAGAAGAGGAGGAGGAAGAACCACCAAGGAGAGAUCAGUGUUUGUCCAGAAAAGAAAGAAGAGAAGGUGAAGGGAGAGGCAGAGGGGCGCUUUGUGGGGCAGAUGGCUGUCUGCGUUAGAGGAGGAGGUGAAAAGGGGGAGCCACUCACGCUGUGUAACUUAAGCCAAGGGAAGAACAAAAGACCAGAGACCGAAGGCUCCAGCCAAUCAGAGAGGGCAAUCAAUGUGUUUGUGAGGAAGAACGGUUAUAGAGUGCCGCUGAUGCAACACAGCUUGUCCUCCCAGAAUGCCUUGUAUAUCCUCCAGUCAGCUGAGAGUCUGACCAUCAGCCAAUCGGAACUAUUCAUUGUCCCUUCUGGCAAGUGGCGUUUUUCAGGCUUCACACAGCCCCUUGCCCCAUCUUCCAAUCGCGCUGCUUUCCACCUGAGGGUUUGCUCCGCCUCUUAUUCUGUUAGCCCAGCCCCUCUGCUUCCCCUGCCAGCAGCUGCCAUGGAAAUGAUGUUGGAUUCAGUGAGGGGUGGAGUUUGUUGUAGUCCGCAGCGGUCCCUGAAGGACUGGACAGCCCCACCCAGCCUGAGCAGCGACCACUGUUAUGUUCAAACGCUAAUAUUGAGUCCAGCCUUUUCUGCCUGGCGACAGCAGAAGCAGAGGUCCAAUCACAGCACUCAGAGCCUCUACCUACCACGGCGACGACCCCGGCCCCUGCCUGCCUGCUCAGCCAAUGGAUUGCCUGCUUCACUCCCAGCUGACCAAUCAGCAGUCAGCUCUGAGUUUCUUAGCACAAAUGGAGAGCAGCAUGGUAAACGGGUCUCACAGAUCAGAAUCCGGCGUGCGCCACCGCGAGAAAUGCUGCUUACACCAAUGGGACUACCAAAGGUCAAAAGAAUAAAGAAGAAAGAGUUCAGUCUAGAGGAGAUUUACACCAACAAGAACUACAGAUCCCCUGCUAACAACAGAAGUCUGGAAACCAUCUUUGAGGAGCCUCGGGAAAAGGACGGAGCACUGCUCCUAAUUGGCCAGCAGAAGAGGCGCAGGCUCCUCCUCUUUCCUGAUUUCACGCAGCCCAGAAAGAGGAAGAGACCACAAGGGGCGGGACUUCCUGCUGCUAUGGUACCCAGGAAAAGAGCAGCUGCUCGGCGACAUUGCCACAGCAAUGGUGGCGAGGACACGGACUUGGACGUGAUGCUGGUGGAGCGACUGAGCGCGCUUGAAGACUUCCUGACUCGGCAGGGUCUGGAUGUAUGA